UUCGAGCCUCGUCGGCUUUCCGAGUAGCCCCGAGUGCUUGUCGAACGGACGGACGGCGGCCAUCUUGAGUGUGGGGGUUGGUCAAGAGAAAAACAUUGUGCAGUCAUCUGAUCCUACAGCUAUUAUCCCAGACAACGGAACUAGAAAGACGUUCUAAGUUGAUUUCAUCCCCCAUCCCACGAACAUCUAGAUCUACACCAACAUGUCAGGUGGAGGUCGCGACAUGUCCCACUGGAGAGACACCGGUCCCAUCGACUGCAAAGUGUACGUGGGUGACUUGGGUCAGUCUGGCACCAAGCACGAGCUGGAGCGUGCGUUCAGCGCCUUCGGACCCCUUAGAAAUGUCUGGGUCGCUCGUAACCCUCCGGGCUUUGCAUUCGUGGAGUUUGAUGAUCCACGUGAUGCGAGGGAUGCUGUGGACGCAUUGGACGGGCGUUAUCUCUGCGGCCGCCGUGUGCGAGUAGAGCUGUCUCACGGAAUGAAGCGUUCCUCUCGAUACCGUCCUCCCCCUCCGAACAAUUACCGCGGUUACGACCGUCCACAGCGCCGACGCUCAAGGUCGUUGUCUCCAUACCGGCGAGGGCCCUACAGUCGCAGCCGCAGCAGGUCGCCGCGUGACAGACGACGGAGCCGAUCUCGCUCCCGUUCCAGGGACAGGAAACACUCGAGGUCUCACUCUCAUUCCCGCAGUCGGUCAGCCUCCCCUAUCAAUCUCAGUCCCCGAGGCAAGAGUCCGCUAGACGACUAGCUCUGCCUGUGUGAGCCUCAAGGGGGAACUCUGACCCACCAGCCUUCCAACAGACCUACUAAAGGCCUGUUUGAUGCUUAACCAACCUGUAGAGGACACGUUGUUCAAGUCAUAAUCUAGUAAUUGUUACUUGUUCUGCCUCUACAUGUAGUAUUGCUCAAUUUGCUGGGAAGGAAAUUUUGUAGUUUGUUUUAUGUUAUGAAUUGAUAUUUAGCAAGUUACCCCUCAGUUGACACAUGCUUUUGUAUUGUAUUAAUCGUAUCCUUAGGCUCUUAGAAAAAAAGGUCCUAUCAUGUUACGCUAUUAUAAGUACUGUAUUGUGUAUCGUAACUAGAAUGCAGUAGUCACUGUUGGAUUCUGACUUCUAAAGAUAUUUUCAUUUACAACAGAGCAAAAGCUAACCUGUCUGCUAGUAUAUUUGCUUAAGUUUCAAAGGAAGGUUUAUAUAUAUCUAUACCGUGUGAAACUCCUCUAUUUUCUUGUUUUAACUUUUUUUGAAAGUUUUAGGGAAACAAAAUUCCCACCUGUCAUUUAGAAACAAAAGUUGAUUAUAAGAUAAAAGUAGAAAUCUGCAAUUUUGCAGGCCAAAAAGUCCAAGGUCUUAUCAGUUAAGUAGAAAAUAAAACAUGUUAACUAUCACAUGUUGUAACCAAAUUCCAUAAGUGUUCUCUACCUUAUAAGCAAAAUCCAAUGUGUAGUAAAGGUUGAUAUAGAAAAGGCUUGUGGACCUUCCUGUUGGUCUUGUCUUCUGAAGGCAGAUCUAUUAUACAUGCAAAGCACUGUAAAAAUUAUGUAUGUUGUAACACACUGUUUACGUUGUCUGUGAAAUCGUUGUAUGUCAUACUGGAGGGAAACAAUGUUUUUGAUAGUCUUUAAUACAUGCAUUCUCCUUAUUUCUUUACAAAAGCCAAUUAGCUUUUACAAUGUAUAUUGUAAUAUAGAGGAAGACCAAGCUUCAUUUCAUUUUGUUACAGGAGGCACUGAAUGAUCUCAGCAGUAAACAGUGAUCUAUGCCUCAGUGGUAUAUUGUCAGCUGGUACCAGGGAUGUCAGUUAACACUCUUAGUAAUUAGAGCUCCAGCUUUAUGUCACCCAGAACUAUCAUGUUUCUGGCAAGUAUGAGCAUAUUGUUGAAUGUUUUGUUUGACAAAGACUAAAGAUUACUAGAGGCUGUCUCCAGCUUGUUUCUCACACUCUACUCAUUUGUUUGGGUGCCCAUGUUAUUUUUUUUUUCAUUUUUCAUUUUAAUGUAUUUUUGUCAAUUUCAUGUCUUAAAGUUAAGACUUUGGGGCACACUUUGAAAUUUUUGUCCAUCCCAAGUUCCCAACAAGUAGGCAAGUUUC